AUGCACGCGGCCAGGUCACCCACGCAGCGUGGGAAGAGAACAUUCUUUGAUGGCUGCAGCCUGCCAGUCAUGACCGAGACGCGGCACAAUGAGAGGAGGACCAGCCCGUGUCCAUCACCUCCCUGCGUGGAUACAGGAGAGGAGGACCAGCCUGUGUCCAUCACCUCCCUGCAUGGAUGCAGGAGAGGAGGACCAGCCCGUGUCCAUCACCUCCCUGCAUGGAUGCAGGAGAGGAGGACCAGCCUGUGUCCAUCACCUCCCUGCGUGGAUGCAGGAGAGGAGGACCAGCCUGUGUCCAUCACCUCCCUGCGUGGAUGCAGGAGAGGAGGACCAGCCCGUGUCCAUCACCUCCCUGCAUGGAUGCAGGAGAGGAGGACCAGUCCGUGUCCAUCACCUCCCUGCAUGGAUGCAGGAGAGGAGGACCAGCCCGUGUCCAUCACCUCCCUGCGUGGAUGCAGGAGAGGAGGACCAGCCCGUGUCCAUCACCUCCCUGCAUGGAUGCAGGAGAGGAGGACCAGCCCGUGUCCAUCACCUCCCUGCAUGGAUGCAGGAGAGGAGGACCAGCCCGUGUCCAUCACCUCCCUGCAUGGAUGCAGGAGAGGAGGACCAGCCCGUGUCCAUCACCUCCAUGCAUGGAUGCAGGAGAGGAGGACCAGCCUGUGUCCAUCACCUCCCUGCAUGGAUGCAGGAGAGGAGGACCAGCCUGUGUCCAUCACCUCCCUGCGUGGAUGCAGGAGAGGAGGACCAGCCCGUGUCCAUCACCUCCCUGCAUGCAUGCAGGAGAGGAGGACCAGCCUGUGUCCAUCACCUCCCUGCAUGGAUGCAGGAGAGGAAGACCAGCCCGUGUCCAUCACCUCCCUGCAUGGAUGCAGGAGAGGAGGACCAGCCCGUGUCCAUCACCUCCCUGCAUGGAUGCAGGAGAGGAGGACCAGCCCGUGUCCAUCACCUCCCUGCAUGGAUGCAGGAGAAGAGGACCAGCCUGUGUCCAUCACCUCCCUGCAUGGAUGCAGGAGAGGAGGACCAGCCCGUGUCCAUCACCUCCCUGCAUGGAUGCAGGAGAGGAGGACCAACCCGUGUCCAUCACCUCCCUGCAUGGAUGAAGGAGAGGAGGACCAGCCUGUGUCCAUCACCUCCCUGCAUGGAUGCAGGAGAGGAGGACCAGCCUGUGUCCAUCACCUCCCUGCAUGGAUGCAGGAGAGGAGGACCAGCCUGUGUCCAUCACCUCCCUGCAUGGAUGCAGGAGAGGAGGACCAGCCCGUGUCCAUCACCUCCCUGCGUGGAUGCAGGAGAGGAGGACCAGCCCGUGUCCAUCACCUCCCUGCAUGGAUGCAGGAGAGGAGGACCAGCCUGUGUCCAUCACCUCCCUGCGUGGAUGCAGGAGAGGAGGACCAGCCUGUGUCCAUCACCUCCCUGCAUGGAUGCAGGAGAGGAGGACCAGCCCGUGUCCAUCACCUCCCUGCAUGGAUGCAGGAGAGGAGGACCAGCCCGUGUCCAUCACCUCCCUGCGUGGAUGAAGGAGCGGCGCUAGCUUACCGGCUGCAGGAUGACGAGGGCGCCUUCUCUCGCUGA